UCGCACACAAGGGACGCCACCCACGAAACGUCCAGACGAAGAAGAUGCAAAAGCAGCAAUCCAAACAAAAAUAAUCGAUUCUUCAAAAAGACAUCACAGCAUUAGUGUUCAUUGUGCACGAAAUUUUAUUUACAAAAUGCCUGGUAAAGUAAAAGUUAAAGUGCUUGCGGGGCGAAACUUACCGGUGAUGGACAGGGGCAGUGAUACUACUGAUGCAUUCGUUGAAAUCAAGUUUGGCUCGAUCACUCACAAAACGGAUGUUUGCCGAAAAAGUCUCAAUCCGGUUUGGAACUCCGAUUGGUAUCGUUUCGAGGUAGACGAUGCCGAUCUUCAGGAUGAGCCGCUACAAAUUCGCCUCAUGGACUAUGACACGUAUUCCGCCAACGAUGCCAUUGGAAAAGUCUACAUAAAUUUAAGUCCAUUAUUGCAUUCCUUUACUUUAGAAAAACCUACACAAAGUAAUACGGGGAAAGGUUCGGUUAUGUCCGGUUGGAUUCCGGUUUAUGAUACUAUGAAUGGCGUGCGGGGAGAAGUGAAUGUUAUUGUCAAAGUUGAUUUGUUCACUGAUUUCAACAAAUUUCGACAAAGCUCUUGCGGUGUUCGCUUCUUUCAUUCCCCUGUUAUUCCUCAUGGAUAUAAUGCACAUGUAAUACAUGGUUUUGUAGAAGAACUUGUAGUUAAUGAUGAUCCAGAAUAUCAGUGGAUUGAUAAAAUUCGGACACCACGGGCUUCCAAUGAAGCUAGACAGAUAGUUUUCAUGAAAUUAUCAGGACAAGUUCAAAGGAAAAUCGGAUUGAAAGCUAUUGAAUUGGGUGCGAAUGCAGUAAUAGGAUAUGCCCAAUGUUUCGAUUUGGAAGGAGACGUGGGCGUGGUUGCACGUGGCAUUGGUACAGCAGUUACCUUAGUAAAAAUACAUGACAGUUAUUCUCAUCAAGUCGUCGACACUACCCUCGUUGAAGAGAACGAGCAAGGAAGUCAGAACGUACCAAUAGUAAAUGGAGUAAAACAUACUCGUGAAACGGCAGAUACCGCUGGAAGUCGUGUGUCGCAAAGCCCUGCGAAAGCGGGAACCCCGGGUUCUGCGGUAGUGAUCAUCAAAGAUCACAACUCGAGCAGUGCAAUUCACAGAAGGUCUUCUGAUUCCGAUCUAAGUAUUACGCCUAAAGGUAACUCUCUAACGUCCAGCGACCGUUACUUUGGCAUCGGUUCUCGAGGGCAACCAACUAGUAUAUUGAUAAAACCACUGAACCAAGACGCACUAGAGCUACUAGAAUAUCCUUUCCUAACUAUUACAAAGGUACCUCCGGGAUUUGUGCUGCAUUUAGGUGCUACCGUCUCAGCUCGAUCAGUGAAGCUAUUAGCACGUGUGCCUAAUCCUGACGAUCCAGAAACUCGCGAUAUGUGGUGGAAUGAACUUCGAAUGGAAAUCCGCUCUCAUGCACGUGCUAUUGGUUGUAACAUGGUGUUGGGAUACACGGAAACCACAACGAUAUCCGAGGACGUAUGCGUAUUGUCCGCCAUCGGAACUGCUGCUGUGAUAAAUUUACAGCACGGCGAACCAUCUGCAGCUGAUAGCACUAGGCUGCAUGGAUCAUCUCUAAAUAAGGAAAUCAUGACGUCAUCUUUGGAUGGCCAGGAGUUCGAAAAAGACCUAAAUCCUACUUCAGAACUGAGCUCUUCAACGAAAUGCGCCGACAUUUCUGACAAUCAAAAAUGUUUCGAAACAGACGGUAUGGAUGCUAGUGCAGAUGCUAGGGUGCUGAAAGACACAUUGGAUUCUACGACCAAAACUGCUUCGUCACAAACAACUGGCAAUCUUUGUGGGAUAUGCCAUAUUCCGUACUCACGCACAUCGAUCCCGUUUAGGAUUAAUACAAUGAAAUGUGCUGUAUGCAAAAAUGGCAGUGUUCCGGAUGUUUUGUUGUGUACUAUUGAAAUUCCUGAGGGACUACAGGUUGAUGGUCACGGAAUACUCAUUCAAGCACACGCUUGCAGAUCAAAACGCGAUCUUAAGGGUGAAUCGAACGCCAAGGAAAUGUCUGAUGCUUUACCUUUCCUCGAAAUCGAACUGCAUAAGUUACUGAUUAACAAGUUAAAAAUGAAAGGUAUGAACGCCAUUUUCGGUUUGAAAACAUCAGUAGCAGUUGGGGAGCGAAUGAUGGCACUAGUUGCAACAGGUACUGCAGUUUAUCUCUCUGCCCUGUCACAGCCAGCAUUACCGAAAAUUGUGGCUGGCAAUUCAUGGGCAGAUUCUGAAAAACUUGUGGAAUUGCAGAAAUCAAUUCAUGAGACGGUAGAGCGAAACAGAGAGUUUUGUCAGUUGAAGCCUCUCAAUGAUUUCAUCAACAAUAAAUCUUUGGCGCAACCAGAUGAUUCUGAUGACUCCGAGGAAGAAAUGAUGGAUCUCGACUUGACCCAUGGCAACAAAGAGACAUGUGUUUUAGAAGUGGAUGACAUUCACGAUUUGGAAAUUAUAUCACUGCUUAUGGAACCAUGUCCUCCAGAGGGUUUUCAUGUAGUUAAUACACAAGUUGUGCCGGGUCUACAUGAUGUAGAAGUAGUUCGAAAUCUACAAAUGUUCACACAAGUAUGGCGAGCUAAACUACCCACUAGUCAACCCAAUAUUAGUUUCUCGAAACACUACCAGCGGUUGUUACAAGCCAUAUACUUCAAACUACGUGCAAUGGUACCAUGUGCAAUAUGCGAUUUACGCUUUAAACUAGAUCUUCCAGAGAAUGACGAGAUUCAACUACUUGUGACGGGAAUGGCACUUGGGUUGGGCGAACCAUUCAAGCAUACUACGCUCAAAUCAAAACAUAUGACAAAUGCCAUUGCAAAGGAUCAGAUAAAACGUGUUGAUGAUGAUUUAAUCUUUAACUUAGAUGAGGAUAAUACCCCUCAACAAACAAAUAAUGCACAACAGAAUACAGUGACAUCACAGUUUGGACAAUCUGGUUCCAUCAAAUAUCGCCGAAGAUCUCCUUGUCGUGGGCGAUAUGGUUCUGGACGACUAGUUAGACAUAUGCCAUUGAAGGAACGCUAUGGAGUUGACAUCACACCUCUUAGCUACGUACCGGGUGGACGGAUAGAAAAAUAUUUAGGAAAUUUGGACUUUUUCUUCAUAAGAGAGUGCACUGCGGUGAAAGAAAAUGGCGGACUGAGUGGAUUCGUACACAGCUUCAUAACGGAGGUUUUGGCGGUGGUGAGAGCACAUGUGACAUCCCUUGGUGGCAAUGCAAUGGUAUCAUUCUACAUGACAGAACUAGUAUUAGUGGACAAUUUACAUAAAAAUCAGGGCCAAUGUUUAAUGAGUGCCGGUGGAGAUGUAGUAUUCGUGUCUUACUAUAGAGAUGAUUGAUAGCGCCAACUGCAAGUGAUGAGUAUGAUAGAGAUAUAAAAGUGCAAUAAAAUGACAUUUCAAAAUUUUGAAAACUAGCGAACUUGUAUGAGUGUGAUUAAAAUAUGUGCAUAUAAUCGUUGACAAAGAGGUUAAUUGCAUUUUCAACUUAAUCGCUUCCAAAAUGCGAAAAUGGCUACAAUUAAGGUUCGAUUUAUCGUUGUUUCGGCAGAUUUGCAAUAGGCACUUGUUCCGCUAGCGGUAAUAUAAUUGUAUAUACAUUACUUUAGAAAAUAUAACAAGACAUCAUCACAUUGCACUUUUAAUACUAAUGCCAAAUGAAGGGCGAGUUGCAAAACAAUAAACAUACCUACGCUUAAAAUAA